GGUAGUUCUACAUGUAGCUGCAUAACCUACGCUUGAAUUUUAACCCGUCAAUUUGCGUCAGUUUCUCCGACCAUGGUUGUCUUCAUCCAUUAAAUCUUGUUUGAAAAGUGCUGACGGGCGAUGUCAUAAGCCACGUAAUAUUUUCGAAUUCUCGAGGAGGCCGCGAUUCGCGGUGCUGUUCUUAAAGAGCUGUUCAGGAAAAGAAAUUGAUGUCGUUCCUGUCACUUAGAUUUGCAAGAAAGGAUUGCGUAGUAAUAGAGGAGGUGGCGAAAGAUGUUGGUCAGCAGCCAACCGUGCAAUCUAGUCACAUAUAUUGUCAUUCGCUAGCUUGCUCCAAUGUUGACGCAUUGAGGGACAAGCAUUGAACGAGCGUGGAUUUCGAGCUGCCGCGUGGGGAGUGGGGUGAUGAUGCAAAAUAACUCCAAGACCAGAGAGAUGUUUAUCGUCCGAGCUUUGGAAAAGAUAUUGGCUGAUCGAGAUGUCAAAAGAUCACACCUCUCGCAGCUUAGGAAGUCCUGCGAGUCUGCGCUUGAGGAUCUCCGCAAUGAGAUCAAAGACGUACCAGCUGUACAGGGUGAAGAGGUAACCUCAAAUGCCCUUCCACAACCCAAGAGUGACUCAAAUGUUAUUACAGCUGAGAAGUACUUUCUGCCGUUUGAGUUAGCAUGCCAGAGCAAGUCACCACGUAUCGUGGUGACAGCACUGGACUGCUUGCAGAAGUUAAUAGCAUAUGGCCAUCUUACUGGCAAUGUGCCCGACUCGACAGAGCCUAAUAAGCUGCUGAUUGUACGCAUUGUCGAGACAAUUUGUGGCUGCUUUACUGGUCCACAGACUGACGAAGGUGUACAGCUGCAGAUUAUUAAAGCCCUGCUGACUGUGAUGACGAGCCAGCAUGUGGAGGUGCAUGAGGGUACAGUACUGUUGACAAUUCGUACGGUUUACAAUGUUUAUUUGGCAUCACGUAACCUGGUGAAUCAGACAACAGCACGUGCAACCCUUACGCAGAUGAUCAAUGUGAUCUUUGCGCGAAUGGAGACUCAGGCAGAGGAAGAUAAUAUAAGAAUCGAUGGAGAGCAUCAGCAGGAAGUUCCUGUCAUAGUGAAUGGUGAAACUGAAACAGAGUUAAGUUCAGAGAAUGUUCCUGGUAAUGAUUCUGUUGAUCCCCAAAUAAUUGUCAGAGGUAUCCUUGAUGAUGUAGUGAAAUCCGUGGUACCAUUGGAAGAGGAAGUCAAUCUGGAAAAUGGCAGUCCUGAAGACAAUGGUGACGAGGCAGUUGCUGAAAAUGACAACAUGGUAACUGCCAAAUUCACUCAUGUGCUGCAAAAGGAUGCGUUUCUAGUGUUUCGUGCUCUCUGCAAGCUCUCUAUGAAACCACUGCCAGAUGGCACGCCUGAUCCAAAAUCGCAUGAGCUCCGUUCCAAGAUCUUAUCGCUUCAGUUGCUUCUGGGAAUCCUGCAGAAUGCCGGUCCGGUAUUGCGUUCCAACGAAAUGUUCGUUAUCGCCAUUAAGCAGUAUUUGUGCGUUGCACUGUCAAAGAAUGGUGUGUCUUCAGUGCCAGAGGUGUUUGAACUAUCAUUGGCAUUGUUCCUGGCUCUGCUUGCACGUUUCAAGAUGCACCUGAAGAUGCAAAUCGAGGUAUUUUUUAAGGAGAUCUUUAUGAACAUCCUCGAGACUUCUAGCAGCUCCUUUGAGCAUAAAUGGAUGGUCAUACAUGCACUUACGAGGAUCUGUGCAGACGCUCAGAGCGUUGUCGACAUCUAUGUUAAUUACGAUUGUGAUCUUUCGGCAGCGAAUCUCUUUGAAAGGCUUGUCAACGAUCUUUCUAAGAUUGCUCAGGGUCGUCAGGCUUUAGAGCUAGGUGCGUCACCAAAUCAGGAGAAGUCCAUGCGCAUCCGUGGUCUUGAAUGCCUUGUAUCUAUUCUCAAGUGCAUGGUGGAAUGGAGUCGAGAUCUCUAUGUGAAUCCCAGUGUACCGGCAGACCAACAACCUCAGCCCUCGUCGGCCAAUUCCAGUUUAAUCGGUAAUAAGGAGGUACCGGAUUCGCCGGAGCAGUAUGAAGUGCAGAAACAACAGAAAGAAGUAUGGGAGACUGGUAUCGAGAUCUUCAGCCGAAAGCCUGGCAAGGGCGUGCAGUAUUUGCAGGAACAAGGAUUGCUUGGUACUUCGCAGGAGGACGUAGCUAGGUGGCUGCACCUGGACGAGCGGCUCGAUAAAACCGCCAUUGGGGAUUUUUUGGGUGACCAUAAUCAUAAUCAAGUAAUGUACCAUUAUAUUGACCAAAUGAAUUUUGCCGAUCGCGAUCUAGUAACCGCGCUCAGAUAUUUCCUGGAAGGCUUUCGGUUACCUGGCGAGGCACAGAAGAUCGACCGAUUGAUGGAAAAGUUUGCUAGUCGCUAUUGCGAGUGUAAUCCUAAUAAUGGCCUUUUUACAAGUGCGGAUACAGCCUAUAUUCUUGGCUUCUCAAUCAUAAUGCUGACCACCGAUUUGCACUCGCCGCAGGUUAAGAAUAAAAUGACCAAAGAACAAUACAUUAGGCUUAAUCGGCGCAACAGUGACAAUGAGGAUCUUCCUGAGGAAUAUCUGUCUAGGAUCUACGACGAAAUUGCUGGCAACGAGAUUAAGAUGAAGUCAAAUCCUAAUAAUAGCCGGUUUGCCGGAAAACAGCUGAUUUCUAGUGAGAAGAAGCGACGGUUGUUAUGGAACAUGGAAAUGGAAGUAAUUUCUACGGCGGCAAAAAAUUUGAUGGAAUCCGUCAGUCAUGUUCAGGCACCGUUUACUACAGCGAAACAUUUGGAACACGUGCGGCCGAUGUUCAAAAUGGCCUGGACGCCGUUUCUUGCAGCCUUUAGUGUUGGACUUCAAGACUGCGACGAUCCAGAGAUUGCGUCGCUCUGCUUAGAUGGUAUUAGAUGUGCCAUUCGCAUCGCCUGCAUCUUUCACAUGAGCCUCGAACGUGAUGCCUAUGUACAAGCUUUAGCGAGAUUCACUUUGUUGACGGCCAACUCCCCCAUUACCGAAAUGAAAGCGAAGAACAUCGAUACUAUCAAGACUCUUAUCACAGUAGCUCAUACCGACGGCAACUACCUAGGCAGUUCAUGGCUCGAUGUCGUUAAAUGCAUCUCUCAGCUGGAAUUGGCACAGUUGAUAGGCACUGGAGUACGGCCACAAUUGCUGGGUCCACCGUCAAAACCGCACUUUCCCUCGCCAUUAGCAAAUUUCGGCAGUCUCGCGCACUCUGCAAAUUCGCACCAAACCAACAAUCUCAAUCUAAGCUCGUUGGAUCCUAGCGUGAAGGAAUCCAUUGGCGAAACUAGUUCGCAGAGUGUCGUCGUAGCCGUUGAUCGUAUCUUCACUGGCUCGACAAGACUCGAUGGUGAUGCCAUUGUCGAAUUCGUCAAGGCUCUCUGUCAGGUAUCUCUUGAGGAGUUAGCACAUCCCACGCAACCGCGCAUGUUUUCUCUUACGAAGAUUGUUGAAAUCUCAUAUUACAACAUGGGUCGUAUUAGAUUACAGUGGUCUAGAAUCUGGCAAGUCCUCGGUGACCAUUUCGACAGGGUGGGAUGCAGUCCUCGACAGGAUAUCGCGUUUUUCGCGGUGGAUUCUCUGAGACAACUAGCUACCAAGUUUAUCGAAAAGGGCGAGUUUGCCAAUUUUAGAUUCCAAAAAGAUUUUCUUAGACCAUUUGAACACAUCAUGAAGAAGAAUAGGUCGCCUGUGAUUAGAGAUAUGGUUGUGAGAUGCGUAGCGCAGAUUGUUCAUUCGCAAGCACCGAAUAUCAGGUCUGGUUGGAAGAACAUUUUCAGUGUUUUUCACCAUGCAGCCAGCGAUCGUGAUGAAUCUGUGGUCGAGUUGGCCUUUUCCAUGACCGGCAAGAUUAUUAACGAGUUAUAUGCAGAGGACUUCAGUAUUAUGGUGGACUCUUUCCAAGACGCCGUCAAAUGUUUGAGCGAAUUUGCGUGCAACGCUUUUUUUCCGGACACUAGCAUGGAGGCAAUUCGGCUAAUACGUUCCUGUGCUUCUUAUAUUGAUGCAAAUCCCAAUUUAUUUGCCGAGGGUAUGAUGGAUGAAAGCGGGAUGGUCUCCGAGGAAGAUCGAGCUUGGGUGAGAGGAUGGUUCCCGCUGCUGUUUGAAUUAUCUUGCGUUGUGAGCAGAUGUAAGUUGGAUGUCAGGACACGCGCGCUGACAGUAUUAUUUGAUGUCGUCAAAACUCAUGGUGCAUCCUUCAAGCCUCAUUGGUGGAAGGACCUCUUUCAAGUUCUUUUUAGGAUCUUUGAUAAUAUGAAGUUGCCUGAACAGCAUACUGAAAAAGCUGAGUGGAUGACAACAACGUGCAAUCACGCACUGUAUGCCAUUGUGGAUGUGUUUUCACAGUUUUACGAUAUCCUAGGUCCUUUGUUGCUAGAACAGCUCUAUUUUCAACUUCUCUGGUGUGUUCAGCAAGAUAACGAACAGUUGGCACGAUCGGGCACCAACUGCUUGGAAAAUCUGGUCAUUAGUAACGGCAUCAAAUUUGAUGAACAAACUUGGCAGAAAACUUGUCAAUGUGUCUUAGACAUUUUCGAAAGCACUCUACCGUCUGCGUUGCUCACAUGGAAACCACAUUCACCAAACAAGGAAUCGGACCUCGACGUGAUUACCGGCGAAUCCGAUGGUUUUCAUAUUGGCAUUUUGAAGAGGAGCAACAGCGUACAAAGCUUGAAUAUUGAGAUCUUGCCGAAGGCAAAGCUUUUCUCCGCGUUGCAAAUUAAGUGCGUAGUCCAGCUUGAAUUAAUACAAACUAUCGACAACAUUGUUUUUUAUCCGGCGACAUCGCGCAAGGAGGAUCAGGAGAAUUUAGCGCUCGCGCAAGCCGACAUGUUGAACGGCAAAUCGUCAGAGCUUGUAAAGGCUGGCGCUGAUCAGCAGAAGGAGGAGCAAGGUAUGUACUGCGCUCUGACAACCAAUCAUCUCCUGCAGUUGGUAGAAUGCCUCCUACGGUCGCAUCGCUUCGCUAAGAGUUUCAAUUCGAACCACGAGCAACGCAACGUGUUGUGGAAGGCUAGUUUUCGUGGCAACAUGAAACCGAAUCUACUGAAGCAGGAGACGCAAUCGCUUGCUUGCGCACUGCGUAUUCUCUUUAAGAUGUACAGCGAUGAGGCGCAUCGCACAGAUUGGUCCAAGAUUGAGGCGCGACUGGUUGAGGUAGCAUGCGAGGCUCUGGAGUAUUUCCUGGCGCUCGCCAACGAGGCUCACCGCGAUGCCUGGACUCCUAUUUUGCUGCUGUUGCUCACCCGAAUUAUCAAGAUGAACGAUCAUCGCUUCGCGAUUCAUGCCUCCACCUGUUAUCCCUGCCUCUGCGAGGUUAUGUGUUUCGAUCUCAAGCCCGAGCUCAGAUCGAUACUGCGCAGAUUUUUCCUCAGGAUCGGGCCAGUCUUCAGAAUUACACAGCAGUAA